AUGGCGUUUCUCGACCGGUGCCGCGCGCUGGACAACGACGACGCGAACGCGCUCGUGGAGGCGUUCUGCGCGAGCGAGCGCUUGGAUGGACAAUUUUGCGAGGACGCGUUCGAUUGCGUCUACGCGGCGCACGCGCGAAACGCCCCAGAGGAAGAGUUGCGAACGAUGAUGUCGCUCGCGAGACUCUUCAUGCGACGAUACCGCGCGCGAGAGACCCCGGCGAGGUGGCGCGCGGUGGACGCGGCGACGACGGCGGCGCGCGACGCCGCGCGCGCCGGCGUCCCGGGCGACGCCGCGCGCGACGCGAUUCGCCGCGCCGUCGCCGACGUCCCCGACGUCACCGCGCGCGACUUCAUGGACGCCAUGCGUGAGUUUCGCAUCAAA